UACAAACAAAUUAAUAGUUUUAAAUGUAAUAAUAAUUUGUGAAAACUUGAAGUCUAAUGUAUCGAUCAAACAAUUGUUGGCUUCGUUUAGAGCUAACACUUGUCGUUGCAUUAUAUCUGAUAAACGGCUUUAUCUGUGAUAACAAUGAACUGAAUCUAACAAACAUUAGUACCACAACUUUGACGACGACGACGACCACUAUAAGUCCCUUCACUACAACUAUCACCACAACUGCCAUCAGUAAGAGUGUGUGUCAGGUGUCUAAUCCAUGUGCCAAUGGUGGUACCUGUCAAGACCUGAUCAAUCACAUACACAAUGUCAGCUUCACCUGUAUCUGUACCUCACAAUACACUGGUCUCACUUGUGACCAGUUUUAUGACUCCUGUCAGAGCAACCCGUGUGCUAAUAACGGCACCUGUACUACACAACCACCUUCACCAUUGUAUGCCUGCACGUGUCCACAGGGAUUCACGGGACUGAACUGCGAGACCAAUAUCGAUGAAUGUGCACAAGUUGUCUGUCCUAUUGGUCACCAUUGCAUCGAUAAAAUUAAUAAUUAUGAGUGUAUUUGUCCAGAAGGUUGGGAAGGAGAUAAUUGUGAGCGAAGUAUAGACCACUGCGCUUCAAACCCAUGUGUCAACGGCACCUGUAGUUCAAACACCAAGGGUCACACCUGUACCUGUGAAGCGGGAUUCACGGGUCUAAAUUGUGAGACUGAUAUCGAUGAAUGCGCUUCCAAUCCAUGUAUUAGCGGUAUUUGUCGAGAUUUGGUCAAUGCUUACCAAUGCUUUUGCAUACCUGGGUUUACUGGAGAUCAGUGUCAUAUAGACAUAGAUGAAUGCCUAUCACAUCCAUGCAAAAAUGGUGGCACGUGUAACAACAAGAUAGCUAAAUUCACGUGCACGUGUCCAAUGGGAUAUAGUGGUGAUCAGUGCCAGUUUGAUAUCAAUGAAUGCGAUCCCAAUCCCUGCCAGAACGGUGCCGUAUGUAUCGAUAAGAUUGGCGGUUAUGAGUGUAACUGUUCCAAUGGCUUUGAAGGUGAAAGAUGUCAUCAAGAUAUAGAUGAAUGUGCAUCGAAUCCAUGCAAGAAUGGUGCCAAAUGUCACAACAAGAUCGCACACUUUGAAUGCGAAUGUGAACACGGCUUUGAAGGUGAUCUCUGUGAGCACGACAUCAAUGAAUGCCAAUCCAAUCCUUGCAUGAAUGAUGCCAUUUGUGUGGACCAAAUCGGGGCAUUUCAUUGUCAGUGUUUGUCCGGUUAUGAAGGCAACAGAUGUGAGCAUAACAUUGACGAGUGUUUGUCCAAUCCGUGCUUCAACGGCGGUCACUGUAUUGAUUUGGUCAACAAUUAUACGUGUGAUUGCAAUCAAACAGGUUUUGAGGGCAGAAAUUGUGAUACAAAUAUCGAUGAGUGUGCGUCCAAUCCGUGCAGCAAAGGCGCCAAAUCAUGUGAAGACUUGGUUCUCAACUAUACAUGUCAUUGUUGGAAAGGAUUCACUGGAAGACAUUGUGAGAUUGAUAUCGAUGAGUGCAGUUCCUCUCCAUGUCUUAACGGUGGCACUUGUUUCGAAAAGAGUCACCAACACUUGAUUAACAAGUUUUCUGAAAGUUUAAUUCGUGACCAAUAUAUCAAUUUCUCACAAAUGGCUGGAUAUCUAUGUCAGUGUCCAUCAGGUUUUGAAGGAGUCAACUGUGAACUCAAUAUAAAUGAUUGCGAACACCAUUCCUGUAUGAAUAACGGCACCUGUAUUGAUGAGAUCAACUCUUAUUCUUGUUUAUGUCAAACAGGAUUUGAUGGUAAAAUUUGUCAGUAUAUGACUGAUCCAUGUGUUCUUAAUCCAUGUGAAAAUGGUGCCACUUGUCUUAAAGUUACAAAUGAGACCUAUGUAUGCAAGUGUCCGAUUGGAUUCACUGGUGAAAGGUGUCAUAUGUCUCGUUCGUGUACAUCUGAAUGUCAUAAAGACUUCUCCCACUGUGUCCAGGAGGAGAUCUGCGCCUGUCUUCCUAACCAUCAUUCCAAUCACGCCUAUUGUGAUGCCAUUACUGACUGCAGUAUAUUUGGUUUGUGUCUUAAUGGCGGUACUUGUGUUCCGAAUCCAAAUCAAGGAAUUGGUUAUCAGUGUAAAUGUAGUGAAGAAUGGACUGGACUUAUAUGUGAAGAAAGGAGAUCAUCUCCGAUGAGUUUUAUAUUUUAUUUAAUAAUAACGAUGGGAUGUAUUCUUAUAAUUGCCUUACUUGUGGUGUCUUUAAUAUUUGUCCGAAGUGUCAAACACGCGCGCGCCACACGUGGCACGUACUCUCCGUCCACGCAAGAGAUGUUUGGCAACUCUGCAUCUGAAAUAUUAAAGCCUCCGCCCGAAGAAAGACUGAUUUAGAGACAAUUUGACAAAUUUAUAAAUCUUUAUGUAAUUAUAAACUUUUUUAGUACAGUAUUAAUAUUUGUAUUAUUUAUAAAUUUACUCUAUUAUUAUUUAUAUACAACUUUCGAUGCCUUAUUAUUAAUAAUAAUCUAUUUUUAUUGUCAUUUACAAUAAUUUAAAUGAUGUCUAAUCAUAAUUU